AUUUGUAGUGAAAUUGUUGGUAAUGGAGCGAAAGAACCCAUUCAGUCUUCACAUUGUGAUUUUGUCUCUUGCGUUCAUCCUCGUCGAUUUAUCGACGACGGUUGAGUGCCUGAGAAGGACAUCACGGAAGAGGAAUACAAUGAGACAGGCAGACCUGAUAGAAUCACUUAUUCCUCCUAUUGAACCCAAAAGCGAACGUGAGACAGUGAACAGCACCGUCACCUGUGCAUUAUCCCUAGCAGAACGACAUCUUGAGGUUUGUGAACUCGCCUGGAAGAUAGAUCAGCUCCAAGAAAUGCUGCCACACCUUCACAGCUUAAUUGCAAAGAGAUUGGGGAAGAGGAAGUUCAGCUUCACUGUCUACAUCAACAAGCCAUCAUCGAUUGUCGACCUGGUGGACAUUGCUGGUCAAGCUGUUCUCAGAUCCAUCGGCAAGUUCGUUCAAUUCCUGGGUUACGUUCAGAAAUUGUUUGACGCUACUGUUGGAGGUGGCCAAAUUCCCCGCGAUCCUAGAACCCGAAAGAGCUUGACUGGAGAUUCAGGAGGAGACGACAGUUUCUCUGAGGAAAUCAGAGACAUCCACUCGGUGGACGAGAGCGAAGUUCAGCAUUUGAUUAAGAGAGCCUGGUCAAGAAAGUGUGUACUGGAGUUACUGAAGAGCAACAAGAAUUUGUGUGAUGUGGUGAGCAGAAUAGACGCCCUAGACACACUUCUUCAAGGUCAUGUUGAAAAUUAUGGUGGCAAGGACACGCAGGUGUUGCCCAUAAAACUUUAUUCGGAGAAUUUAAAUCUCACGGACUUCCUCGACGCCAUUCACGAUGGUCUUGUCCUAGCGAUGACUCAUGUCCCAGAUAUUCCCACCACAAUUGAUCAGGACGUGGUUGACCAGACGUCUCUUCAAAGUGGAAGAAAAUUACUGAACGAACAUGGACAGGAGAUUAAAGAAGUCUUCGAGACUUCUGAUUACAAAGUCGAGCUCAUGAAACCGGUGGUAAAGAGCAGAAUUGACAGCAGGAAGAACGUUCACAAUGCCAAACGUAGGAUGCAGAAGGUACUUUCUGAAGAUUCCUAUAAUUUACAGAACUAUUUGAAGACCAGAUCGAGGCCCUAGCCGCCCUCACUCGUAAGCCAUCGACCCGGGGAUUGUUGGACUCAAAUGACGCAUCGAAAGACGAAUCCGAUGAUGAUUAUUGGAGCUCUUCAAACAGUUCCUCGGAGGAAGUUAAACGAAAAUCCCUUAAAACUGUUCGUCAGCAAGUGAAAGGCCAACAAAAUGAUUCGAAAAACCUAAAAAAAUAUUCAGCGGUUCAGCAUUAAUAAAAACUAUUGCAUAAUCAAUAAAAA